AAAUGAAAAAUUUGAUGAAUUUUACAAAAAAAUCGUUGGAGAAGCUAUUAAAUCUGAGAGAAAUUUGAAAAAGACUGAAGUAUUGACUUUUUUGGAUGAAAUUAUUGGAAAUGAGAGUAAUAUUAUUUUCAUGAAUACGAUGAAGUUAUUCAGAGAAAAAAGUUCGUUGCGUUCG